AUGCAACCUCUUCUAAAUUCUUUUUCUGAAUUUAUCGGGACCGCUUUAAUUUUCAGGUAUCCAGAGGAAGAAAAUGAUUGCUGUCUCUUCUUUUCAACCAAUGAUUUUAGUCAAAAAGUGCAUUUUGACGUGAAAGCUGAAAGUAAAACUCCGGUUUCGCAACAUCGCACAGUGGCAACGGCCAGGGUGGGUGGCUCUCCCACGGAGCUGCUACACGUUUGCAUACAUGCUCGGAAACAGAUGUCCACGUUACGUAUAGCACUUCGGCUUCCAGUCAGCAUCACAACCAUGCUUAUGCUAGCAUCGCCACUUUUCGGACAUCUCAAUAUGCAACUUUAUGUGAAACUUUUUGCGCUCUCUUUACAAACUAUAUCGUUUCUGUUCCUAUGUUCCAUUGCGCCCGAAAAUGGCUUCGGAAAGACGAAACCGAAAAUCUAUACAUUCUUUGAGACGGUUGUAAUAUUAACAAUAAUUAGCAUAAUGGUAAAUUUGAUUGCAAUAGCACUGAGUCGUGUGCGUCGUACAGUACCACCACGGCACGGUUUAUAUCUGGCGGCCAAAGUGGUAAAUCGUCUUGUCUGCUGCAUUGAGCCCGAUCCAACGGCCAGUUACUGUCGACAUUUGGACGACAGCACAGGAACAAACUUCGAAAACUCGCAACCGGAUUACACCACCGAGUGGCGGCAUAUCUAUAUUGCAGUUAACAAUCUUUAUUCGGCAUUCGCUUUAGCAGUAUUUAUUUUUGUUGCUGCUUUUGAAAUUUUAUGAUG